UUAAGGGGAAAAUAAUAGAAAAGAGAGAGAGAGAGAAACAAAGCAAGGGAGAACCGCACAUGACCACAACCACAAGUAGCGAUGAAAAUUCGAGUCUUGGGAGGCUGACCAAAACUGCGAGGAGAGACAAAGCAAAGAAGAGAAGAACCAUGACCCUAGAACCCAUUACUAAAAAGAGUGACAAACCGAGGAGAAUGAGUGAAGAAAGAACCCAUUGUUUGAAAUUUUGAAAAGAGAGAGAGAGAGAGAGUGUGAGAAGAACGCACACAGUGAUGGAAAGAAAAGAAAAAGGUGUGGAGGGUGAAGGAGAAAAUCAAGAUUUCAUGGUGAAAAAGUUGAAAGGCGGGAUCCUGGUAGGGAAAAGGGCUGGCCCCUCAACUCCUUCACCUAUUUGGAGACUCGAGUUCCCUUCUCAAAAUGCUACUAACCCUGAGUUCCUUCAACUUCCCACUGGACCUUUUGUUUCAGCUAGAAAACUAUGUGCCAACCUUUGGGAACUUCAUCCUCACUACCCACUUCCCAGUACGCGCAAAGGAGCUUCUAAGCAUCGCAUACACCAUGACAAGGCUUCUGAUACUGCUGUUGAUCCUCCUGCCACUCCCCUUCCUCAGCCAGCAAGUGCAAGUAGCUCGAGGAGGCACAUUGCAGAAUCACUGAUGCAACACUGUCGAUCAGUUGAACAAAAUGGCCGCGCUCCACAGCAUGUAUCUCCUGCAAGUUGUGGAAGCUCACUGGAGAUAGCACCUUAUAACUCUGCAAUUGCACCUUCGAGUUCUUUGGAUUUUCAGGGAAGGACUGAAAGAUCAGGUUAUAGCCUUAAGACAUCGACGGAGUUGCUCAAGGUACUCAACCGAAUCUGGGCUCUUGAAGAACAGCAUGUAUCAAACAUGUCAUUGGUAAAUGCCCUGAAAAUGGAACUGGAUCAUUCUCGGGGUCAGAUCAAAGAGUUGUUGCAAGAAAAGCAAACAGAAAGGCAAGAGAUGGACAAUUUCAUGAAGCAAGUCACGGAGGAUAAACUUGUUAGGAAGAACAAAGAGCAAGAUAGAAUCAAAGCUGCUGUUCAGCCAGUGAGAGAUGAGCUGGAAAACGAGAGGAGGUUAAGGAAGCGCUCUGAAAGCAUGCACCGAAAGCUAGCUCGAGAACUCUCUGAGGUAAGAUCUUCUUUUGCUAAUGCUUUCAAAGAACUUGAGAGGGAGAGAAAAGCACGAAUUCUGUUGGAGAACUUGUGCGAUGAGUUUGCUAGAGGAAUAAGGGAAUACGAACAGGAGUUGCGGUUCCUUAAGCACAAGUACGAGAUUGAUCACAUUGACGGGGAAAACCCUGAGCGGCUAAUUCUCCAUAUUUCAGAGGCAUGGCUCGAUGAGCGGAUGCAAAUGAAGCUUGCUGAAGGUCAAACUGAUCUUGCAGAAAAGAAUUCGAUUGUUGACAAGUUAAGCCUCGAUAUAGAAACUUUUCUUGAAGCCAAACGCUCCACUGGGUCAAGGAAAAGUGAUCCUAAAGGGAAUUGCUCACAUCAACAUUCUUUAGAAUCCUUUCCAUUAAAUGAAGCUGUCAGUGCCCCUCAAGGUGCAGCUGAUGAAGCAUAUUCCAGUGGCAGCGGCUCACAGUGUUAUGAACUGCACAAAACUGCCAACAGAGUCCAAAGCAAGGGGAGCUGUAAACUUCACGGGGACAAUGCUUUGGUAAGUCAUCGUGAAGAAUUAGGAAACCGAAUUUCAUCUAGGAAAAAGGCAUGGUCUCGAGAUGCCAUCAAGAGCAGUAGAUUCCAUAGUUUCCGAGGGCAGUUUGAAGGACAAAUGGCUACCGGAGCGCCUGUACAUGAUAAUAAAGUCAAACGGAAUGGAUCCCACGGAAUGAGCUCAAGUCAUGUGCUUGAUAGGCUAAUGAGAAAUCAUUCCUUCUCCUCGGAAGGUGACAAAGUUCAUCCUGAGUGUAGCUUGAGGGAAGAAUCAUUCCAAUGUGUAUCCAAAGGUCGCGCUAGUCCAGUUCGACAGUGGGUCUCGAAGUUGACAUCUCCUGAUUUCGAAAAGUCAGAUUCUUGUCUGAAAUUGCCCCCGGGCUUUAAGGAGAAUACCUUAAAAGCAAAACUACUAGAAGCAAGACUAGAAGGGCAGCAAUCUCGUGCAAAAGCUGCAAAGAGCUGAAGCCAGGCUUGAUUUUAGAUGUGGUUGGUUGAGACACUCAGGAUCGAGGGUUUUCGUGCUAGUUUAUAAAAAAGAUUGUACACUAACCUUCUUUUUUUGGGCCUGUAAUCUUGGAAUUAGACAUGUAAUGAGAAAUUAAAUGUUAUCCCACGAUAGCAUUGAUCAAGUAGAUUGCUGGUCCCUUAAUAGACUUCA